AUGUCUCCAAUGUCUCCAAUGGACACGCCUCUGCGGGAUGUAUCCAUCAACGACAACGUAGAUGGAUCGGUUCUCGAGAAACCUUCCAAGCAAAGCGAGAAACAAGUCGACGCUGUCUACAUUCCACCCAAGGUAGAUCAACUCACAGACGAGGAAGAAUUUUCAGAGGACCCGGAAAAUAUCGAAAAUAGCCAGAAUGGAGAUAUAGCGGGAACUUUCGAGAUCCACACCGUUCGAGAUGAGAUUUACGAUGAAUCUGACGAAGAAGAUUUGGCAACAAAACGCCGAAAAAUCCUAGAAAAAAAAGCGGUAAGUUACAACCCGAGGAGAUCUUGGUUUCAUUUCAUUGGAGAUCUGGAUCAUUCAUACAGAAGAAUUUACCUUUAUCCAAAAAAGAGGAACACAUUUAAGAACUUAGGGGCGAAUUGGAGGGUUUGUGUACCGUUGGACAUUUUUUUCAAAUUUGUCGUUGAGAAUCUUAUGGAUUUGAUUAUCCAGUUUUCAGAAAAAUACGCACAAGACAAUAACAGACACGAGUUUCAUCUAUCACGAGAAGAACUGCUGAAUUUUCUUGGGAUCCUAAUUUUGUCUGGAUAUCACAGCUUACCCCAGACAUAUAUGUAUUGGUCUUUAGAUGAGGACAAAACUGUGCAUAUUGUCAGAGACUGCAUGAAUAGGAAUAAGUUCAGAUCGAUAAAGCGAGAUCUACACUUUAGUGAUAAUAAUAAUCUGGAUAAAGGACACAAGUACACAAAACUCCGCCCUUUUUUUGAUACAAUGAAUGAAAAAUUCUUACAGUUUGACAUUUUUUCAUUUAACUUCUCUAUUGAUGGGCAAAUGGUUCCUUAUUUUGCAUGCAGGCAAGCCUUGGAUAUUUCUACAAAUUCAUUCCUUAUGCGGGAGCAGCAGAGAAGAACAGUGAUAUUGGACUUGGUGCGACUGUAG